UCCGAAACGUUUGUUAUUUUGCGCGCUGACAUUGUUUUUGUUUACAUUUCUCAUUUAUGUUUUAAGCCUAAUUUUUAAUUAAAUUAAUAAGUUUCUAAUAAAAGUGAACUAUGAAUAGCACGGCAGAUGAAUUAAAUUCUACUCAGGCGUUGGAUCGAAAACAGCGUCUGAAGGAUUUGAUAGACACCAACAGGGAAAUCCAAACCCGUUUGACAGAACAGAGUAUCGAAGAGACACUCAACCAACUAUCGAAGGUCGUAAAAAAUUCGGAUCUGAUUCAUGGCGAGGGCAAUGUCACCGAUCGCGCGGAGCACACCAGCGAAGUUAUGCGUGACGCGCAAUUGCUGAAGAUGAACCACGAACUGAUGUCCAAAGUUUUUCAGCAGAGUUCAUUAAUGGGAGCUUUCAGCGAGCAAAUCUAUCAAAAUGCAAUCCGACAAACUGUGGCCACACAAGGUCAGGAUAAUUGGAAGCCCUUCACAGAGAUCGCUUGCGCUAUAGCGCGUAUGGCACGCGCGAAAUCCACAAUGCUCGGCGCGUAUAGAGUUGAAGUAAAAGAACGUGUGACAAAAGAGCGACAACCACGCAAGCGGAACGAACAGGCAGAGGAGAAACGUCCUGAGAACAUUGAUAAGCUGCAGCGCAAGGACAAGGGCGCCAAUAAGUUAAAUAUUGUGGGCAACCAAUUGCGUCAAAUGUUAAACAGCAACGGCGGACGCGCCAUACCUUACUACAAACUCAUUAUAGAUCCGAAUAAUUUUAUGAAUACCGUAGAGAAUGCCUUUCAAAUCGCUUUUUUAGCGCGUGAUAAUCUGAUCGCGAUUGAAACAGGCGAGGACAGCUUUCCCCAUGUGCGGCUAGCGCAUAGCGACGAAGUGAAAGCAGUCAAAGAGACUACACAAGCCAUCUGCACCUUGAACCUUGAGAAAUGUCGCGAAAUGAUACUUUUCUAUGACAUUAAACAGCCAAUGCUUACAAUUGAAAGUAAUGAGGACGAUUGAUUCGGUUUUUAAGACGCACACUUUUCAUCUAUCCAAACGACACCAACCAUGUACAAUGUGA